AUGAAUUUCAGCUCAUCAGCGAUCCUAAGAAUGCCACUGAACAGGGAUAUGAAAAGGAUCCUACGCAACUUAAUAAUACAAUCACUCCACAAGGGAAUAGUGCGUCACUCGUUGAUGCUUGCCAUCGCAAAAGCAGUCGUCAGUCAAAAGAUCGACAUUCUGGCGGAGAUGGUGUCGAAUCUCCAUGCUCAGAAACAGUCCGUGGACAGACUCCUCGUAGUUCCAGGAAAGCUCGCCGUUCCAGCACUAUACACCACUCAGAUUUUAUCACUGAUGGUGAACCUGAAGCAAGUUCACAAGAUUUGGACAUCUGUUCGGAGUGCAUUGGAAAAAGAGAACAUGCUACUUUCCGCUCGAAAGGCUGAUACAGAAAUAGAACAUGCUGAAAACUGUCCGGCUAAUCCGCAUAAUCAUGUUAGAAGCAAAAUAUUGACAGCGAACAAUACUUGUGACCAAGCGACCAUGAACUCUAACUCUACAACGCCCAAACAAUCCAAAAAGUCUAACUCUUCUACGCCCAAGCAAUCAAAAAUCCCUGUAUCGACGACUCCAACUUCAGUGUGCAGAGGACACGGCAGUUUCACAGCUUCGACAAUCUCCUCGGCUAUAAAGAGUGCCACACAGAAGGUAUUUCAAAUUUUGAAAUUUACAGAGUAUUCGGUGGAGUAUACCAUUUCAUUUUCAGUCGGGCACUUUUCGGACUGA